AUGACAAUUAACAAACUGGUUUGGCCAAGACGCGAGGCCAAGCCUGUGGAGAGGCGGCCUCAGCGGCCUGGCUCUGGCGGGGGCUUCGCUCUGGGCCCCAGCGCGGCGCCACAGGCGACGCUGCCGUGUGUGGAGCGCUGCUCCUCCUCCUGCAGCGGGCAGGGAAUCCGCCCAAGAUUCCAGAGGGGUGACUACCACAUCGACGUGUGCAUCAACGACUAUCUGGAUGUGUUCUGCCCUCACUACGAAGAUUCAGUGCCAGAAGAUAAGACCGAACGCUAUGUUCUUUACAUGGUGAACUUUGAUGGGUACAGCUCCUGCGACCACACCUCCAAGGGAUUCAAGAGGUGGGAGUGUAACCGGCCACACUCCCCAAAUGGACCGUUGAAGUUCUCAGAAAAAUUCCAGCUCUUCACUCCCUUCUCACUAGGAUUUGAGUUCAGGCCAGGCCGGGAAUAUUUCUACAUCUGUGAGUAUACAGAGAUUUAUCGUUUUUGCAUAGCAGGUGUAAGCAACACAGCUAAUUUUUCACCUCUGCUCUGUGGAAACACAGAGGGGCCAAACGGUGUGUGA